UCUGACGACGACCUAACGCUUUUACGCGUUGGCUAAUAAACAACACUUUCGAAGAUGAUUUUGCAACGCAUUUGAACGUUAGCUAAUUCAAAUUAGCAGAGUGUUUUAUUUAUUUGUUCAGCUAACGCAUCAUAAAGAUUUAAAACAAUGUAGAAUGCGAAAACGGGUAUAUUUGUUCUGCUAUGUAGUUUCUGGUGCUAGCUAGCUUAGCACAACAACUGGAUGGCCUUUGUUUUCAUGGGUGUUUUUCAGCCAGUGCUGACCAGCGAACUAAUCUUUUCGCCUGUCAACAUCCCUGGAUUUUCUAAAGAUGAAGAGAAAGGUGUCUCGAUUACGGUUAAGUCCAAAUGAAGAAGCGCAACUCAUUCGAGAGGAACACGAAAGGAGAAGGAAGCUGCGAAUAGAACAGGUGCGGGAACAGGAGCGGUAUAUCGCCCUGCAAAUCCGCACGGAGGUUCGGCAGCGACUGGAGCGCGAGCUGCAGAACCUGGCGCAGGAGUUGAAGGAGGAGUGGGAGCGACAGCAGAGGGAGAAACAGGAGACCCUGCAAAAGUUAUAUCAGGACAAUCUCCGAGUUUUGGGAGAGGGACAUAGAAAUGCCAAAGAAAAUAAGCCUGACUGUGAGGCAAUUGCACAGAAAAAUGAGGAGAAUAACGUUUGGGCAGAUGAGCGCUAUCGAGAUGCCAUCAAAGAGCUCAAAUCACAGAGACAGAAAGAAAAGGAGGAACAAAAUCGUUUUGAGGCUAGGAAGAAGGCCAUACAAGUGGAGAAGGAGAGGGCAGCAAAAGUGGCCAACCUCCCAUCCCUUCCACCCAACCCAAUUGAGAAUAUUGAGUCAAGGAAGCUACCUGGAGUGAAGAAAUCGGACGUGGAUGCCUUCUCUGUGACCCACUAUCACAUGCCAGAGACUGCAGUGGACAGGGAAGUCGACACAGCACAGCCAAAGGCAUGGGAGGUGGCAGAGGAGGAGGUGCGGCGCCUGCAGGAGCUAGGACAGGAGGCGCAGAGGGAGAGACAGGAGCAGCUGGAGAAAGCUCGUCUUAGGGGCAACCACGCACUGAGGAGGGAACGGCUCACACAGGACCGAGAGCGUCUCCUGGUGGAGCUGGAACACAUGCAUCAGACAGACCUGUUGAGGCGCAGGCAGGUGAUGACUCAGAUGCCUGCCCAGAUCUUCCCGCCGCUCUACGAGAGACAGGAGAUGAGGGAGGACUGGCAGAGGGACAUGGAGUUCACGUUUGAAGAUAUGUACACUGGAGAGAGGAGAGUGAAAGGUGACCUGGUGCUGCAGCUGGUCCCAGAGCCUCUCGCAGCUGUGUCCACUGGCAGCCAGGAUGAAGACCUAGACCUGACCCUGGAGGAGGCCAUUCCUGACCUUACACCCUUGGCUGGGGCAGAGGAACAACAGGAUGAAGAACCAUCCAGGCCUCUAGGUGGUGCUCCCAGACAGGCCUUGAAGAAACUAUUGACCAGCGUCAGGUCACAGAGACACCAGUGGGGCUACCGGAGGCUGGUUGACCCCACGUCUGACUGCCAAACUAUUCAGACAGCAGAGUGCGACACGACCUCAGGUGGUACGACCAUUGAGUCAGGCUCUCUGGCCAGCAAAAAGCGGGGCCGACCGUUGACCACUAGUCCCAGACUCCCUGACCCCUCUCAGCCAGCCCAAGCUAUAGAGACAACAGAGGAGUACAUAGUAGCUGGUAACCUGCUCCAUCCUGAUAAACAAGCCAUCAAGAUCCACACAUUUGAAACCGAGAGGAAGAGAAGAGGAGGAGCUGGAGAGGCAGGAGCAGAUAGCCCUGCUACAGGAUUUAGGGGAGAAGAACAGCAGGCUGGAGCUGCUGUUACUACAGGAGGCCCAGGAAGAGAGAGAGCAGCUACAGACGGCCAUGACCCAAGACACUGCUGCUGCAUCUGGAACACCGAAAACACCAGCCCAGGACGUCUAUCGCAUGUGCACAGCAGAUAUCGUAGGGUGGCAGCCUUCAUAAGCAGUCAGUGGAAGAGACUCGCAGGCGUCUGGAAGAGUACCAACACACGCUAAGAAACCGCUAUUCUGGUAUAACUACGUCAACAUGUCUCCCUCCUGGUACCACAGCCUGUCCUCUACCACACUUUAAAGGAGGAAUCAUUCCCCCGGUAGUGCCACUAGAACUCCCCUCUGGCUC